AUGAAGAUCUAUUAUAUGGGUAUUCUUCGCAACGAGACCAAGCCUGCCUUGGAGCUCUCUGGAGAGAAAGAUCUCAGCAGUUUCUCCCGAUUCACUCGCGACAACUACUCCGAGUUCAUGAUGCUAUUUACAAAGACCGUUGCUGAACGGACACAACCCGGCUCAAGGCAAACCAUUGAGGAGAAGAGCUACACCUUCCAUUCCAUGAGCCGAGAUGGCAUUGCAGGCGUGAUUGUUAGCGACAGCGAAUACCCUCCACUUGUUGCUCAACAGCUUCUUUCCAAGAUAACCGACGAGUUCAUAUCUAAACACCCUCGCAGCGAUUACUCGAUCCCAAACCUUCCGGAAAGGAGCCUGGCAUUUCCUCAGUUGGCCGAUUACAUCAAGAAAUACCAAGAUCCAUCGCAGGCCGACUCGAUCAUGAAGAUCCAGCAGGAGCUAGAUCAAACUAAGAUCGUUCUACAUAAGACUAUUGAAUCGGUUUUGGAACGAGGGGAGAAAAUCGACAGCUUGGUUGCCAAGUCGGAUGGUCUCUCUGCUCAGAGUAAAAUGUUCUACACUCAGGCCAAGAAGCAGAACUCCUGCUGCAUUGUUAUGUGA